AUGACUAACUUAUUAGCGUCUCUUAAAUGCACAGACGAGGUUUAUUUAAUCGUUGGAGCUUCAAAUGUGGCGGCUUUAAGAAUAAACUCCAUACUUGAAGCAGGUGCUAAACCAGUACUUAUAACGAACCAACCAUCUGAAAAAUUUACAAAAUCAAUACAGGAUAAUAUAGCUAAUGGUAAUUUGAAGUAUAUUGAGAAAGAGUUUGAAAAUGACGAUCUUUCCAGGUUAGGAAGAAAUGAGGUAGAUAAUAUUGUGGAUAGGGUAUUUGUGACCUUGCCUAUUUCUCAGUACGAAGUCAAGAAGCAGAUAUACCAGUCAUGCCGUAGAUUAAGAAUUCCAGUGAAUGUUUCAGAUUCUCCAGAAUUUUGUACGUUUUCAUUGUUAUCUACUUUUACGUCUGGGGACUUCCAAAUGGGGGUUAGCACUCUGGGCAAAGGAUGCAAAUUAGCUGCUAGAAUCAAAAGAGAGUUAAGCCAUACGUUACCAAGUAAUAUCGGAACUAUCUGUAAUAAAAUAGGUGAUUUGAGAGCAAAUAUACAAGAGGAGGACAAAUUGGAGUUAGAAAAAUUACAAAGUGAUAUAGACUCGAUCGGAGAGCACGAUGACGAUGCCAUAACUACCAGCAAAUUGAACUCUUUGGUCGAGGAAUUCAAUAUGACCAAAGAACAGAAAAAAUUGCAGAGGACAAGAUGGCUUUCACAAAUCGUUGAAUAUUUCCCAUUGAGCACAUUAGCAGACUUAUCAUUAGAAGAUUUGAGCGUUGCAUAUAAAGAAUAUAAUUCAAUAGUGAAAACUCAAACAGAACCAAAGGAACCCAGCCAGAAGAAAUUGAAGACAACCAAAAAGGGAUCAAUCUCUUUAGUUGGAUCUGGCCCAGGAUCGAUAUCUCUUUUGACACUUGGUGCAUUGCAGGAGAUUCAUUCUGCAGACUUAAUCCUUGCUGAUAAAUUGGUACCUCAGCAGGUGCUCGAUCUUAUACCGAAACAUAGAACCAAAUUAUUUAUUGCCCGUAAAUUUCCAGGAAAUGCUGAGAGGGCUCAAAAGGAGUUAUUGGAUAUGGGACUUGAAAGUUUAAUGAAGAAUGAAAAGGUCGUGAGAUUAAAACAAGGUGAUCCCUAUAUUUUCGGUCGUGGUGGUGAAGAAUUCAAUUUUUUUGCCGAUCAUGGAUUCACACCAUCAGUUUUACCGGGAAUAACUUCUGCAUUAGCAGCACCAGUAUUGACAAACAUUCCAGCUACACACCGUGAUGUAGCCGAUCAAGUAUUGAUAUGUACCGGCACCGGCCGCCGUGGAGCUUUACCAAACCUUCCAGAAUUUAUCAAAUCCAGAACAACAGUGUUUUUGAUGGCAUUGCAUAGAGUUGUCGAUUUAAUACCGAAAUUGAUCGAUGAUAAAAAUUGGGAUCCAAAUUUACCAGUUGCAAUUAUCGAAAGAGCCUCCUGUCCUGAUCAACGAAUUAUCAGAACUACAUUAAGUAGUGUAGCUCAAGCAAUCGAGGCUUGCGGAUCAAGACCUCCUGGAUUACUCGUUACUGGUUAUGCAUGUGAAGUAAUUGCAAAGCCUAAUGUGAAUGAAAAAUGGGUUAUUGAAGAGGGUUGUGCCUCUGCUAGCAAUUCACUUUUAGAGCCAUUUCUCCAAUUAGCCGGUACUAUAGAAAAAGAUAACCUGCCAGGUCUGCAACAACAAUCGUUGUCUGUAGAACAAACAGCAUAA